AUGGCAGAUUGGGACAAGAAUCAGUGGGGCCAGCAGCAGGCGCCUCCGUACGAUGGCGGGCUUACACCCGGCUACUCUCAGCCCUACGCCGCCCCCCUUCCACAGCAAGGACAUGGACCAUCGGCUGCCGCGGACUCCAAAUCACCCUACGCAGACGGCAGGUUUGAACCCAAGAGCAAGGCGAACGACGUGGUUUUUCUGGUAUUGUUCAUUGCACAGUUUCUGGGUUUCGCCGCCCUGUCUGGUAUCACGAUCAAUACAUGGAUCAAGGAAGGCGGGUUGGGCGGGGGCGUUGGUAACGGUUCCCAGACGGGCAGCCCUGUUACGCUGAACAAACACACCAUAUAUCUCCUGCUCUUCGUCACAGCGGCGGGGUUGUUCCUUUCAGUUGUAUAUCUCAUGCUGACGCGUGCCUUCACCAAGAUAAUCAUGCACGCGACGCUCAUCCUGUCUGUCGUACUGAAUAUCGCAAUAUGCGUAUACAUGUGGAUUACGAAGUACUAUUCGGGCGCCAUCAUCUUCACCCUCAUCGCGGUCUUCUCCGUGAUAGCCUACUUUGCCUUCAGGAGUCGGAUUCCUUUUGCUUCGUUGCUUCUGCAGGUCGUCUUGGACGUUUCCAAGCAUCACAAGAGUGUCUAUGUCGUUGCCUUCAUUGCUCUUUUUGUGCAAGCUGCUUUGAGCGUUUGGUUCACGUUCACAGCGAUUGCGACGUACACGAAGUUCACACCCGGAAAUCCCUCAUGCAAUAAUGGCUCUUCUUGCUCCUCUGGCAAAGUAGCUGGGCUGAUCUUCUUCGAAGUUUUCUCCUUCCUUUGGACUUCUCAAGUUGUCGGGAAUGUCUCCCUUGCUACUCUCGCUGGUGGCCCGUACGGAAGCUGGUACUACUUUGGUCCAAGGGAUAUGGGGGCUAUGCCAAAACAUCCUACAUUGUCAGCUUUUGGCCGCGCAUCCACAUUUUCCCUCGGUUCAAUUGCUUUUGGCUCUCUUAUUGUCACUCUGCUCGAGCUGCUGCGUCUUGUUUUAAACGCCGCAAGAAACAAUGCCAUGGGGGAUGGGAACCCCGUCACUGCGUGUCUAGCCUGUUGUGCAGAGUGUUUCGUUGGAUGUAUCGAGAGUAUGGUUGAGUACUUCAAUCGGUAUGCGUACAUUGAAAUUGCACUGUAUGGCAAGCCCUAUGUUCAAGCGGCAAAGGAUACAUGGCGAAUGUUCAAGGACAGAGGCAUUGAUGCGUUGAUCAACGAUUCGCUGGUGAACAAUACACUCAUGUUCGGCGCGUACUGCGUUGGCAUCUUGUGUGCACUGUUCAGCUAUCUCUACAUACGCUUUACGCACCCCGCCUACAACUCUAGUGGACAAUAUACCGCCCCUGUGAUGUUGUUCGCAUUCUUGAUUGGUCUUCAGUGCUCUCUUACCCUAGGAUCGGCGAUCGAGGCUGGCGUGUCCACUAUUUUCGUUGGCCUUGGAGAAGACCCGCACAUCUUGGCUGUGCGAUCUCCCGAGCUGUUUGGAAUGAUUGCGCGAACAUACCCUCGAAUUCUGCAGGGCGUGCCAAACGUCUAAUUAACAGAGGGUUACUUACGUACUUUUAGUCUCGGUUUGCUAAUUGGUUAUACGCUUAUAUCACCUAUUCACCUCUUCCUUUGAAUCUACACGGUACUCC